AUGCUCCCCUCCCUGCUAUGGUUCCUCUCCUUCCUUCCCUGCUGUGGUUCCUCUGCUCCUCUCCCUACUGUGGUUCUUCUCCUCCCCUCCCUGCUGUGGUUCCCCUGCUCCCCUCCCUGCUGUGACUCCUCUCCUCCCUUCCCUGCUGUGGUUCACCUGCUCCCUUCCCUGCUGUGGUUCCUCUCCUCCCUUCCCUGCUGUGGUUCCCCUGCUCCUCUCCCUGCUGUGGUUCCUCUCCUCCCCUCCCUGCUGUGGUUCCUCUCCUCCCCUCCAUGCUGUGGUUCCUCUCCUCCCUUCCCUGCUGUGGUUCCCACGCUCCCCUCCCUGCUAUGGUUCCUCUCCUCUCUUCCCUGCUGUGGUUCCCCUGCUCCUCUCCCUGAUGUGGUUCCUCUCCUCCCCUCCCUUCUGUGGUUCCUCUCCUCCCCUCCAUGCUGUGGUUCCUCUCCUCCCCUGCUGUGGUUCCCACGCUCCCCUCCCUGCUAUGGUUCCUCUCCUCCCUUCCCUGCUGUGGUUCCCCUGCUCCUCUCCCUGCUGUGGUUCCUCUCCUCCCCUCCCUGCUGUGCUUCCUCUCCUCCCCUCCAUGCUGUGGUUCCUCUCCUCCCUUCCCUGCUGUGGUUCCCACGCUCCCCUCCCUGCUAUGGUUCCUCUCCUCCCUUCCCUGCUGUGGUUCCCCUGCUCCUCUCCUUGCUGUGGUUCCUCUCCUCCCCUCCCUGCUAUGGUUCCUCUCCUCCCUUCCCUGCUGUGGUUCCCCUGCUCCUCUCCCUGCUGUGGUUCCUCUCCUCCCCUCCCUGCUGUGGUUCCUCUCCUCCCCUCCAUGCUGUGGUUCCUCUCCUCCCUUCCCUGCUGUGGUUCCCCUGCUCCUCUCCCUGCUGUGGUUCCUCUCCUCCCCUCCCUGCUGUGGUUCCUCUCCUCCCCUCCAUGCUGUGGUUCCUCUCCUCCCUUCCUUGCUGUGGUUCCCACGCUCCCCUCCCUGCUAUGGUUCCUCUCCUCCCUUCCCUGCUGUGGUUCACCUGCUCCCUUCCCUGCUGUGGUUCCUCUCCUCCCUUCCCUGCUGUGGUUCCCCUGCUCCUCUCCCUUCUGUGGUUCCUCUCCUCCCCUCCCUGCUGUGGUUCCUCUCCUCCCCUCCAUGCUGUGGUUCCUCUCCUCCCUUCCCUGCUGUGGUUCCCACGCUCCCCUCCCUGCUAUGGUUCUUUCCUCCCUUCCCUGCUGUGGUUCCCCUGCUCCUCUCCUUGCUGUGGUUCCUCUCCUCCCCUCCCUGCUAUGGUUCCUCUCCUCCCUUCCCUGCUGUGGUUCCCCUGCUCCUCUCCCUGCUGUGGUUCCUCUCCUCCCCUCCCUGCUGUGGUUCCUCUCCUCCCCUCCAUGCUGUGGUUCCUCUCCUCCCUUCCCUGCUGUGGUUCCCCUGCUCCUCUCCCUGCUGUGGUUCCUCUCCUCCCCUCCCUGCUGUGGUUCCUCUCCUCCCCUCCAUGCUGUGGUUCCUCUCCUCCCUUCCUUGCUGUGGUUCCCACGCUCCCCUCCCUGCUAUGGUUCCUCUCCUCCCUUCCCUGCUGUGGUUCACCUGCUCCCUUCCCUGCUGUGGUUCCUCUCCUCCCUUCCCUGCUGUGGUUCCCCUGCUCCUCUCCCUUCUGUGGUUCCUCUCCUCCCCUCCCUGCUGUGGUUCCUCUCCUCCCCUCCAUGCUGUGGUUCCUCUCCUCCCUUCCCUGCUGUGGUUCCCACGCUCCCCUCCCUGCUAUGGUUCCUCUCCUCCCUUCCCUGCUGUGGUUCCCCUGCUCCUCUCCCUGGUGUGGUUCCUCUCCUCCCCUCCCUGCUGUGGUUCCUCUCCUCCCCUCCAUGCUGUGGUUCCUCUCCUCCCUUCCCUGCUGUGGUUCCCACGCUCCCCUCCCUGCUAUGGUUCCUCUCCUCCCUUCCCUGCUGUGGUUCACCUGCUCCCUUCCCUGCUGUGGUUCCUCUCCUCCCGUCCCGGAUGUGGUUCCCCUGCUCCUCUCCCUUCUGUGGUUCCUCUCCUCCCCUCCCUGCUGUGGUUCCUCUCCUCCCCUCCAUGCUGUGGUUCCUCUCCUCCCUUCCCUGCUGUGGUUCCCACGCUCCCCUCCCUGCUAUGGUUCCUCUCCUCCCUUCCCUGCUGUGGUUCCCCUGCUCCUCUCCCUGCUGUGGUUCCUCUCCUCCCCUCCCUGCUGUGGUUCCCCUGCUCCCCUCCCUGCUGUCACUCCUCUCCUCCCUUCCCUGCUGUGGUUCACCUGCUCCUUUCCCUGCUGUGGUUCCUCUCCUCCCUUCCCUGCUGUGGUUCCCCUGCUCCUCUCUUUGCUGUGGUUCCUCUCCUCCCCUCCCUGCUGUGGUUCCUCUCCUCCCCUCCAUGAUGUGGUUCCUCUCCUCUCUUCCCUGCUGUGGUUCCCACGCUCCCCUCCCUGCUAUGGUUGCUCUCCUCCCUUCCCUGCUGUGGUUCCCCUGCUCCUCUCCCUGCUGUGGUUCCUCUCCUCACCUCCCUGCUUUGGUUCCCCUGCUCCCCUCCCUUCCCUGCUGUGGUUCACCUGCUCCCUUCCCUGCUGUGGUUCCUCUCCUCCCCUCCCUGCUGUGCUCGGAGCACUGCAAUUCCACCAUUCAUCUCCUCUAGACAUGCACUGA